AUGUACGCAGCAUUGUGUAUAAUUCUAUUACUCAUGAGCAUUUCCACAUGGUAUUUGAUCAGCUGUAAAUACUUCAAGUACUUCAAUAGAAAACGGAAACCGAAGAAAACGAAAAAGAAGGAUGGGUCGUCAGCUAAAUCGCUCAAAGGAAAGCAAACUCCAUCAACAAGAAAGACACCAUCGUCAUCAACAAAGGGAACACCUGCAUCAGCAUCGAAGGGGUCGACGCCAGAAACACCAUCGAGCCAGAAAUCUUUCAGAAAUGCGGAAGAAUCUUCUUCAUCGCCAGCGAAGCCACGCACUGAUCUGACGAAGCUCAAAGCUAUGGUCAAGGCAUUCAUGGUACGUGGACUGACUUCUGGAGAAAUAAGCCCCUCCUGCAGGCAACUGGCUUUGAAAUGUGCCACGACAGCAUUCUGUGCGUUUGCAGCUGCCCUCUAUCCCGUUAUUCCCCAGUGGUUCAAAUUGCGUUGA